CACCACCAAACAUCUACGCUUCUAGUCUGCCUAAAAAUGGUGCUGCUCACUAAAGACUGGCGGAAUUGCCCUUUCCAGUACGCAAAUACCGUUUUUGCAACAUAAUGGACGAGCUCGUUCGUCGGUAUCAGGAUUUACAGAGUGAGGUCUCCAAUCAUGUCCAAGCUUUAAAGAAACUUGAGUCUCAACUGCAAGAAAAUGUAACUGUACAAAAGGAAUUUGAAAAACUAGAUCCCUCUUCCAAUGUGUUCAAGUUGAUUGGACCGACCCUGGUGAAACAAGAUCAAGAGGAAGCCAAAACGAAUGUGGCCAAGCGUCUUGAGUUUAUUCGAAACGAAAUUGUUCGAGUAGAAGGUUUGCUUGAGAAAAGCCGUAGCGAUCUUACUAUGGUUCGUGCUGAUCUCGCACAAAAGCAGACACAAAUGGCCACUCCUCAGCAAUAGAUUAGGCAUUCUUUUUUGCAUUAAGUAAUGAUGACUGUGGAGGGCUUUGAUGCGGUUCUUGUACUAACCCCCAAUCGUGUACUGUUGACCUUAGUAGCAAAACGUAAGCUGUUGAGAGACUCUGCAAAGUGGUCACGUAAUGGAGAAACAUUAACAAACAUGAGUGUUUUAGCGUCUCCUCCUAACGAGUACUUUAAUAGAUAUGUCAACUGUGUAAGUAGGUUAGUAAGGGCA